AUUUUGUGAGGCGGCAUCGGAGGUGCUGGCUGCAGUGGGCUCCGGGAAGCCGUUCGGGCUGGGGCUGUCGGCCGCGGGGCUGAGGCACUCGCGCGGGGGGUAACUCGGGUCUGGGUUCUGGUGCCGCGCAAGCUCUCCCCGUCUAAAAGUUGGUUUUAAUUGGGUUGCCCACAGGAUUGACUUGGCCUCUACUUAAGAAAAUACAUCUCUUGUUUUACAAGGUGUGUGUGGUUUCAGCGCAGCAUGGCUGUGGUCAUCCGUUUGCAAGGUCUCCCAAUUGUGGCGGGGACCAUGGACAUUCGCCACUUCUUCUCUGGAUUGACCAUCCCUGAUGGGGGCGUGCAUAUUGUAGGGGGUGAACUGGGUGAGGCUUUCAUCGUUUUUGCCACUGAUGAAGAUGCAAGGCUUGGUAUGAUGCGCACAGGUGGUACAAUUAAAGGGUCAAAAGUAACACUGUUAUUGAGUAGUAAAACAGAAAUGCAGAAUAUGAUUGAACUGAGUCGUAGGCGUUUUGAAACUGCCAACUUAGAUAUACCACCAGCAAAUGCUAGUAGAUCAGGACCACCACCUAGCUCAGGGAUGAGCAGCAGGGUAAACUUGCCGGCAACAGUACCCAACUUUAAUAAUCCUUCGCCAAGUGUAGUUACCGCUACCACUUCUGUUCAUGAGAGCAACAAAAACAUACAGACAUUUUCCACAGCCAGCGUAGGAACUGCUCCUCCAAGUAUGGGGACUUCGUUUGGGAGUCCAACAUUCAGCUCGACCAUUCCGAGUACAGCUUCUCCAAUGAACACAGUCCCACCACCACCAAUUCCUCCAAUUCCAGCGAUGCCAUCUUUGCCACCGCUGCCAUCCAUCCCCCCAAUUCCAGUUCCUCCUCCAGUACCAACAUUGCCUCCUGUGCCUCCUGUUCCCCCCAUUCCCCCAGUCCCUUCUGUGCCACCUAUGACCCCAUUGCCACCCAUGUCAGGCAUGCCACCCUUGAAUCCACCACCUGUGGCACCUCUACCUGCUGGAAUGAAUGGCUCUGGAGCACCUAUGAGUCUGAACAAUAAUCUGAACCCUGUGUUUCUGGGUCCAUUAAAUCCUGUUAACCCUAUCCAGAUGAACUCUCAAAGCAGCGUGAAGUCACUUCCCAUCAACCCUGAUGAUCUGUAUGUGAGUGUGCAUGGAAUGCCCUUUUCUGCAAUGGAAAAUGAUGUCAGAGAGUUUUUCCAUGGGCUCCGAGUUGAUGCAGUGCAUUUGUUAAAGGAUCAUGUAGGUCGAAAUAAUGGGAAUGGAUUGGUUAAGUUUCUUUCCCCUCAAGAUACAUUUGAAGCUUUGAAACGGAAUAGAAUGCUGAUGAUUCAACGCUAUGUGGAAGUCAGUCCUGCCACAGAGAGACAGUGGGUAGCUGCUGGAGGUCAUAUCACUUUUAAACAAAGUAUGGGGUCUUCUGGACAAGCCCACCCCCCUCCUCAGACACUUCCAAGGUCAAAAUCGCCCAGUGGGCAGAAAAGGUCACGGUCAAGAUCACCACAUGAGGCUGGUUUUUGUGUUUACUUAAAAGGGCUACCAUUUGAAGCAGAAAACAAACAUGUCAUUGAUUUUUUUAAGAAGUUGGAUAUUGUGGAAGACAGUAUUUAUAUAGCUUAUGGACCCAAUGGGAAAGCAACUGGUGAAGGCUUUGUAGAAUUCAGGAAUGAUGCUGACUAUAAGGCUGCUCUGUGCCGUCACAAACAAUACAUGGGCAAUCGCUUUAUUCAAGUUCAUCCAAUUACUAAGAAAGGUAUGCUAGAAAAGAUAGAUAUGAUUCGAAAACGACUUCAGAACUUGAGCUAUGACCAGAGAGAAAUGGUGUUAAAUCCAGAGGGGGAUGUCAGCUCUGCCAAAGUCUGUGCCCAUAUAACAAACAUUCCAUUCAGCAUCACCAAGAUGGACGUUCUUCAGUUCCUAGAAGGAAUCCCAGUGGAUGAGAAUGCUGUACAUGUGCUUGUUGAUAACAAUGGGCAAGGUCUAGGGCAGGCAUUGGUUCAGUUUAAAACUGAAGAUGAUGCACGUAAAUCUGAACACUUACACCGUAAAAAGCUGAAUGGGAGAGAAGCUUUUGUUCAUAUAGUUACCCUAGAAGAUAUGCGAGAGAUUGAGAAAAAUCCCCCAGCCCAAGGAAAAAAGGGCUUAAAGAUACCUGUUCCAGGUAAUCCUGCAGUACCAGUGAUGCCUAGUGCAGGGAUGCCCGCUGCUGGAAUUCCCACUGCUGGAAUUCCCACUGCUGGAAUACCCGGUGCUGGGAUGCCUGGUGCCGGAAUGCCAGGUCCUGGAAUGCAUAGUGCGGGUAUGCCUGCUGCUGGAAUGCCUGGUGCUGGGGUGCCCAGCGCCGGAAUGCCUAGUGCUGGAAUGCCUGGUGCCGGAAUACCCGGUGCUGGAAUGCCUGGUGCCGGAAUACCUGGUGCGGGAAUACCUGGUCCUGCAAUGCCUGGUCCAGCAAUACCUGGUCCUGCAAUGCCUGGUCCUGCAAUGCCUGGUCCUACAAUACCCGGUCCCGCGAUACCUGGUCCCGCAAUACCUGGUCCCGCAAUACCCGGUCCCGCAAUACCCGGUCCCGGCAUCCCCACUGCAGGAGGAGAGGAGCAUGUCUUCUUGACUGUAGGAUCGAAGGAGGCCAAUAAUGGGCCGCCAUUUAACUUCCCUGGUAAUUUUGGUGGCCCGAAUGCGUUUGGGCCACCACUUCCCCCUCCAGGAUUAGGGGGUGCCUUUGGUGAUGUUAGACCUGUUAUGCCUUCAGUUGGAAACAGUGGUUUGCCUGGCCUAGGACUGGAAGUUCCAGGUUUUGGAGGUGCACCAAAUAAUUUAAGUGGGCCAUCAGGAUUUGGAGGAAUCCCUCAGAAUUUUGGAAAUGGCCCUGGUAGUUUAAGUGCUCCUCCUGGUUUUGGAAGUGGACCCCCUGGUCUUGGAAGUGUUCCUGGGCAUUUGAGCGGGCCUCCAGCCUUUGGGCCUGGGCCCGGGCCUGGCCCAAUACAUAUAGGGGGUCCUCCUGGCUUUGGAGCUAGCUCUGGAAAACCAGGACCUACAAUAAUUAAGGUGCAGAACAUGCCCUUUACUGUAUCUAUUGAUGAAAUUUUAGAUUUCUUUUAUGGUUAUCAGGUAAUCCCAGGUUCAGUAUGUUUAAAAUACAAUGAGAAAGGUAUGCCUACAGGUGAAGCCAUGGUGGCCUUUGAAUCUCGGGAUGAAGCCACCGCUGCUGUCAUUGACUUAAAUGAUAGGCCUAUAGGUUCAAGAAAGGUAAAGCUCAUGGCCCACUGUGUGACCUCGGUUCAGCUGUCCGUUUCCUGUGACCAUCUCAUUGACAAGGACAUCGGCUCCAAAUCUGACCCACUCUGCGUCCUUUUACAAGAUGUGGGAGGGGGCACCUGGGCUGAGCUUUGCCGGACUGAGCGAGUCCGGAACUGCUCAAGCCCCAUGUUCUCCAAGACUCUGCAGAUUGAGUACCACUUUGAGACUGUCCAGAAGCUACGCUUUGGAAUCUAUGACAUAGACAACAAGACACCAGACCUGGGGGAUGAUGACUUCCUAGGGGGAGCUGAGUGUUCCCUAGGUCAGAUUGUGUCCAGCCAGACUCUGACUCUACCCUUGAUGUUGAAGCCGGGAAAGCCUGCCGGCCGGGGAACCAUCACCGUUUCAGCCCAGGAGUUAAAGGACAGUCGUGUAGUAACCAUGGAGGUGGAAGCUAGAAACCUAGAUAAGAAGGACUUCCUAGGAAAAUCUGAUCCGUUCUUGGAGUUCUUCCGACAAGGGGAUGGGAAGUGGCACCUGGCAUACAGAUCUGAGGUGGUCAAGAACAACCUGAACCCUACGUGGAAGCGCUUCUCAGUCCCUCUUCAGCAUUUCUGCGGUGGGGACCUCGGCACACCCAUCCAGGUACGCUGCUCAGACUAUGACAGUGAUGGGUCACAUGAUCUCAUUGGUACAUUCCACACCACCUUGGCCCAGCUUCAAGCAGUCCCGGCUGAAUUUGAAUGUAUCCACCCUGAGAAGCAGAAGAAAAAGAAAAGCUACAAGAACUCUGGAACUGUCUGUGUCAAGACUUGCCGAGUUGAAACAGAGUAUUCCUUCCUGGACUAUGUCAUGGGAGGCUGCCAAAUCAACUUUACUGUGGGUGUGGACUUCACUGGUUCCAAUGGGGACCCAUCCUCACCUGACUCAUUGCACUAUCUGAGCCCUACGGGAGUCAACGAGUAUCUGACGGCACUGUGGAGUGUGGGCAGCGUGGUUCAAGACUAUGACUCAGACAAACUAUUUCCAGCAUUUGGAUUUGGGGCCCAGGUACCCCCUAAUUGGCAGGUCUCACAUGAAUUUGCCUUGAACUUCAAUCCCAGUAAUCCCUAUUGUGCAGGCAUCCAGGGCAUUGUAGACGCCUACCGUCAAGCGCUGCCCCAAGUCCGUCUUUACGGCCCUACCAACUUCGCACCCAUCAUCAACCACGUGGCUAGGUUUGCAGCCCAGGCUGCACAGCAGAGGACUGCCUCGCAAUACUUCGUACUGUUGCUUUUGACUGACGGCGCUGUGACAGACGUGGAGGCCACAUGUGAGGCUGUGGUCCAAGCCUCAAAGCUGCCCAUGUCCGUGAUCAUUGUGGGCGUGGGUAGUGCUGACUUUGAGAUCAUGGAGCAGCUGGAUGCUGAUGGUGGCCCUCUUCGUACACGCCGUGGAGAAGCAGCUACCCGUGACAUAGUGCAGUUUGUGCCUUACCGACGGUUUCAGAAUGCUCCACGGGAGACACUGGCACAGACUGUACUUGCGGAAGUGCCCACUCAGCUGGUUUCCUACUUCAAAGCCCAAGGUUGGGCCCCAUUCAAAGCACCUCCAGCUCCAGCCACGGGCCCUGCACAGCCCCCUGAGGCAUAGGUUCGCUCGGAGAGUAGGCUAUGGUCAGUCUACUUCAGCCUGCACCAUCCUCUGGGCCAUGGACCAACCCUGCACAUUCUUCCCACUUUAUGGUUGAUACUUUUAUACUUGCUUCUGCUAUUGCUGCUCUUGACCUACCUACCUGUCCCUGACACCAUUUCAUUCAGGAAAGACUAGUAUAAAGAUCACCCCCGUCAAAGGGUUACAGAUUGGUAUAGAUAGCCUUGCCUACUUUGGCCUUGAGUCUUAGUCUGUUGACCUUGGGCUUGUUGAGUGAAAGGUCCCUUUGGUCUGAUAACUCUAUCCAAGCAAAUUGGGUCUAUUCACUCCAGAAGCAUACUUUGAAAACACAAAGUUUGAAUAUAAAGUAAGCAUAUGCUUGUCCCUUCCUCUGGGUGGAGCUGAGCUGAGCUGGGCACACGGACAAGGUGGAGGGUGCUACGCCUCAUGAGAGGUGGCAGAGCUGAGAGACAGCUUCACAGCAGAGGGAGGGCUGUUAGACUCUUGUGCUAGCUCCGUUCCUUGAUGCUUUGGGGAACACUUGUUGUGUAGCCCAGACUUGCCUGCAGUUUACCAUCCUGUCUCAACCUGGAAUUAUAGGCAUGUGCUACCAUGUCUGGUUUACAGUCCUAUUUUUUUUUUUUUUUUAAUUUGACAUAAAAUCUCAUGUAUCAGCCGGGUGGUGGCGCAUGCCUUUAAUCCUAGUUCUUGGGAGGCAGAGGUAGGUGGAUCUCUGAGUUUGAGGCCAGCCUGGUCUACAGAGUGAGUUCCAGGACAACCAGCGCUGUUAUAACAGAGAACCCCUGUCUUGAUUUAAAAGGGUCUCAUGUAGCUCAGGCUGGUCCUACACGUGUAGCCAAGGAUGACUUGAAUUCCUGGUCCUCCUACCCCCACCUCCCAAGUGCUAGGAUUAUAAGCAUGCCCACUGUGUCCAGCUUAAUACCUUUUUAUAUUAUUAGAGAUUAAACAUGUAUGUUCAUUGUGGAAACACUUUAUAGGAGGGACACAUCGUAACCACAUUGCCCAGGCUGGCUUCAGAUUCUUUGUACUCAAGGGAUCCUCCUUCCUCAGCUUCGAGAAUAGAUGGAACUAUGGUGGACUUGGUGCCUGCUUUAGAAAAACAGAUUUUCUUUUGCAGGGAGAAGGGAACUUUUAAAUGCAGAUUAAAAUUUCACUCAAUCUGCCAGUUAGUCAUGGUUAUGCACAACUUGAAUCCCAGCACCCAGGAGGCAGAGGUAUUUCACAAUUUUUUUUAAUCUAAUCAGACAUUGUUUCAAAACUGGGUGCGGUGCACACCUUUAAUCCCAGCACUCAGGAGGUAGAGGCAAGUGCAUCUCUGAGUUUGAGAUCAGCUGGGUCUACAGAGCAAGUUCCAGGACAGCAAGAGAAACCCUGUGUCAAAAAAACUAAAGGAAAAAAAUUGUCUCAAAUAUCAGUAUCAUAAAAAUAGAUAAUGAGCCAGGCAGGUGGUGCACACCUUUAAUCACUCAGGAGGCAGAGGCAGGCGAAUCUUUCUGAGUCAAGGCCAACCUGUUCUACAGUGCGAGUUCCAGAACAGCCGAGACUGUUACACAGAGAGAAAAAAAAAGGGGGGGGGGGGAGACAGAUAAAGGGAACAAAGCUUGGUGGCUCAUGGCUGUAAUGCCAACACUUGGAAGUCUGGGGCAGGUAGAUUGCUGAGAGUCUGAUGUAGACUUAAAUUAUACUAUGAAUUUCAGAUCAGAUUUCUAAAAAUCUUUAAAAAGAAAUCACAUACACUGUUUGUAUCUGGUUUGCAUUGAUUUUGGAUGCCUUAUCAAAGCUGCCUUGUCUCCUUUUCCAAGCCUAUGCUAUUCUUAUAAUAACCAGAAUUUAGUAAUCUCCUGAGAUUCCUUUUGUUCUGCUUACAUAGAUAUUUGAGGAAUUGGUUCCUAGAUGUGGAAAUGAUAGAUCACAGGAUAUUUACAGUUUCAGCAGGUAUCACAGGUAGCCUUCUGUGAACGCUAUAGUCCCACUCGUUCCAUUUGUCAACUCACACUCACCUUGAACUUCCAUAUGUAGACAAGGUAUUGUUCAUACAUUUACUUCAUCCUCAGCAUCCUGCUCCUGGGCUGUAUGUGUCAGAGUCUUGAUUGUUCUUUUUAAUAUGUUCAAAGUCUGUUCCCUCAGCUGUUACUGUUUCAUGUUUUUAUAUGCAAUAUGAAAAUUUUAUUUUUUAUAUAUGCUAAUCUGCUUUUUUAAAUGUAUCCGUAUAUCAAUAAUAAUAAAUACUCCUCAGUGGCUGCA